AUCCUUUUUCCAGCGGAGUGAGUGCUCUCGCCAGUACAGGAUCUCCGUGCGGCUCAUGCCUGCUGCGCUCCGUGGCUCCAGGGAGGACCAGGGGAGACCAGGGAGGACCAGGGGAGGACACGGAGGAUGGACGGCGUGUCGCUGGGUCUGGUGGCCACACCGGCCUCACAGCGUCCAAACUGCAACACGGACUCGGAGGAGGACACGAUGAACGGAGGGAUGCACACCUUCAAUCAGACGCAUAUGAGGAAAGCUUUUCAGCUGAUGAACGACCUGAGGAGUAAAAAGAUGCUGUGUGAUGUCCAGCUGAUUGCUGGCAGCGUUGAAGUGCCAGCUCACAGGGUGGUCCUGGCGUCCUGUAGCCCUUACUUUUGUGCCAUGUUCACAGGUGAUAUGAGUGAAAGCAAGGCCCAUCAGGUGGAGAUCAGAGAGGUGGACGGUCAAACCCUGAAAAAACUUGUUGAUUACAUCUACACGGCUGAGAUCGAGGUCACAGAAGACAAUGUCCAGGUUCUGCUCCCAGCAGCAAGUCUCCUCCAGCUGAUGGAUGUUCGUCAGGUUUGCUGCGAGUUCCUGCAAUCUCAGCUUCACCCGACCAACUGUCUGGGCAUCAGAGCCUUCGCCGACCUGCACACAUGCAUGCAGCUUCUCAAUCAGGCCCACGCAUACGCUGAGCAACAUUUCACAGACGUGGUGCAGGGGGAAGAGUUUCUAGGCCUGACUCUGCAGCAAGUGUGCAGCCUCAUCUCCAGUGAUAAACUCACAGUCUCCACAGAGGAAAAGGUAUUUGAGGCUAUGAUAUCUUGGAUCAAGCACGAUAAGCCGGCUCGUCUGGAGCACAUGCCCAAACUGAUGGAGCAUGUCAGACUUCCACUACUGUCCAGGGAUUACCUGGUGCAGAUCGUGGAGGAAGAAGCUUUGAUAAAGAACAACAACACCUGUAAAGAUUUCCUUAUAGAAGCAAUGAAGUAUCACCUGCUGCCUGCCGACCAGCGGCACCUCAUCAAGACGGACAGGACUCGACCGAGAACGCCUAUCAGCAUCCCCAAGGUGAUGAUCGUAGUCGGCGGUCAGGCUCCUAAGGCGAUUCGCAGUGUGGAGUGUUACGACUUCCAGGACGACCGCUGGUACCAAGUAGCUGACCUCCCAUCAAGACGGUGUCGGGCAGGUGUUGUGUCGAUGGCAGGACGUGUGUUUGCAGUCGGGGGCUUUAACAGUUCCCUGCGGGAGCGGACGGUGGACGUGUACGACGGUGGAAGAGACCAGUGGAGUGCGGCAGCGAGUAUGCAGGAGAGACGCAGCACACUGGGAGCUGCUGUGUGGGCGGAUUUACUCUACGCUGUGGGGGGUUUUAACGGAAGUAUAGGUUUGUCGACAGUUGAGGUCUACAACUAUAAAACCAACGAGUGGAUUUACGUCGCCUCCAUGAACACGAGACGCAGCAGUGUGGGCGUAGGGGUGGUUGAUGGUAAGCUGUACGCAGUAGGAGGCUAUGAUGGAGCUUCUCGUCAGUGUCUCAGUACAGUGGAAGAAUACGACCCUGUCGCUGAUCAGUGGUGCUACGUCGCUGACAUGAGCACACGACGCAGUGGAGCAGGUGUGGGGGUGUUGAGUGGUCAGCUGUUCGCAGCAGGAGGACAUGACGGACCUCUUGUGAGGAAGAGUGUCGAGGUGUACGACCCACUGACCAACACCUGGAGGCUGGUGUGUGACAUGAACAUGUGUCGGAGAAACGCAGGCGUCUGUGCCAUCAACGGGCUGCUGUACGUGAUCGGAGGAGACGACGGCUCCUGUAACCUGUCGUCCGUAGAGUUUUACAACCCGGCCACAGACAAGUGGAGCCUCAUUCCCACCAACAUGAGCAACGGACGAAGCUACGCAGGUGUCGCAGUGAUCGACAAGCCGCUAUGACAGUUAUUCCAGAGCAUCAGCAGCCGAGCGACAUCUGAGGUCAUCUGAAGUGACGCUGUCGUCAACGAAUGAGACGCUCUCAAUCCUCAUCUGACACAACCUUGGAUAGAUCGUCACCAGGAGGAUGUUGGGGAGUUCGGCGUUUACCCAAAACAGGAUUUUGUUGCUCAACGCCAUUUUCAUUACAGCCCCGAGAGAUCUCCACUGUUGCACAAGAUAAGAAGCAAUACCCCAAGAGAGCGGGCUUAAAGGAACAGUGUCUUAGUGAGAAGUUUAUCAAACUGCAAGCACACGAGAAGCAGCGUCAUCAGCCGACGUCAGAACUCACUCAGACGUUAGAGACGCUUGUUGUCGGGAAACGGAGAAAAGCUUCAGAUGCUCAAAGGUGGAAAUCCUUUGAUGGAUGGAAUCAAACCUGAGGAGCUGAAAACUUCAGAACACCAGCGGACGGAGACACCACCACCACCUCACUGUUGAUGAACUCUGCUUCCAGCGAUAAAGGUGCUGCUACAACCAGGAAGUGUGACUCGAUUGGCUGCUGAAGGAGCGUUCUGGAGACCUGAGCACAUCACCGAGCCUUUUAAAAAAAAAAAAAAAUACUAGACUUGCCACAGAUCUUAUGAGAUAAACGAGCUCCUGGCAACUGGUUCUUCAGCUUGAUUUUGAGAUUUUUUGGGGUUUUUUCGGAUUCCUGUGCCGAUCGUCAGCGGCUCCAGCUGCUAAAUGAAAACCAGCUGUUGCCAGACAGAUGUUCUCGACCUAGAGACGCAGUGAGCUGCAAGAUAAUUUAAAGAAUGUUAAAAGCGUCUUAUAUGCAAAAUGAUCAUAUUUAAUAUUUUUGAGAUUGUGUGGUCGAUCUGAUUCAACACAGCAGGUCUCGGCUCUUUGACGACACACUACUGAUGCACUUCACACUUGCACUGACUGACGCGGAGCGGACGUCCGCUUGUCUCCGAGCGACUGGAUCUCUGACCUGCUGCCGUCAGAUCGUCUCCGCUGUCGAUCGAGCUCGCUAACGUCGACACGUAGAGGCCAACAACUUCACGAGAAAUGUGCCACUGAGCGUUUUUAUCGCUAAGUAACAAACUGAGAGGGUGAAUUAUUUGUGUUCACUGUUUAAGAGCGUGUGUCAAAAUGCACUGUAGAAAUUCAGCUGUAACAGUCAAAUGAAAAAGAUGCAGGUUUAAGAUUUUCUAUUUAUUAUUUUGGUCCAAUUGUUUCUAGAGCAUUUAUUGAGAUUUGCAUUUCAUACCUCAUCCUGACAAAGUUCCACUGAUGUUGUCUGAUAAAGUUCAUUCAGAGGACGUGGGUUUGUUUUAGUUGUAGUGUAUUUAGCAGACGGACUGACUGGUGCCAUAGCUAAAGAAAAGAGAUUAUUAGAAGUUAUUUGAUGAAACGUUUUCUCAUUUCUGUCUAAAAUCUUCUAAAAAUCACAGAGAAACUCGACCUGCUGCCAUUUUAAAAUCCUCCUGACAAAGAAGAAUAUAAAAUCUU